AAGAAGAAAAUAUCAUCGAAGAAGAGUACGAAGUCACGAAGAAGAGAAAGAGCGAGCGGCACUCUCUCAAUACAGUCAAAUGUCGAUCGUUUUUGUGCCCCAAAAACUUCGCGGCAAUGCCAAAAUCAACCAGGAAACAAUUCAGAGGCUGCUGGACGAAAACGACCAGUUAAUACGAUGCAUCUUCGAGUACAUGCAAAAGGGACGAGCCGUGGAGUGUGUCAAAUAUCAACAAUUCUUACACCGUAACAUUGUCUACCUGGCAACCCUGGCCGACGCCAGCCCUGACGACGACGUGCCUUCGACCUCGACGACGACGUGGCAAUCUGUGACAGUGGCGAAUAAAGCUCCGUGCGUUCCAGCAGGAACAACAAAUCCGGAAGCUGCUUCAACCACCCUGCCUCAUCAGUCGUAGUAGAAGUAUUAACAAUUGUAUUUAACACCGUUCUGCCUCAUAUUUAUGCAUACUUGUAGCAUUUCGGUUACACUGAAAAUGGGAAAAAUCUAUUUAGCACUACGAGAAAUAGAAGUUAUUGCCAGUUUCAUGAAGUUGCAAGCUUUAAUUGGAAAUUUUGUAAUUUUACAACCAAAUGUUAACAUGGGGGGAAAUAGUCAAAAUGUGAGGGAAAAUAUUGUAUUAGCAAAAUCAAGAGGAAAUUGAUUCGCUUCUUUUUUUCCCCAAAGUUGAAUUUGUAAUGUUUUAAACAAAAAAAACACUAUAUAUAUAACAACAUUUGAAAUGAUUACAGAGUAAAAAUAUAACCACUCGCCCCAAAAUGCCGUCUUUUAUAGUGGGAAAAAAAUGAAACCAUAAUAACUUCUGGUUUUACAAAUAAUAAUAAAAAAUCAAUAUUGGAAAUAUUUGUAAAUGUGGACAUUCUCUUAGAUAUCUACAUUAAAGAAGAAAAAGAUUAGGUUUACAAUUAAAAUUUUCCAAAUUUAAAAAUGUUUCUUCCGAAAUUGAAAUGUGCAAAUUAAACAAAUAUGGGGGGAAAAAACAUUCCUGCUAUUAUAUUGAAGUCAUGUUUUUGUAAGACAACAAACCUACUUUUGCAAUGUUAACUUUUUAUAGGGCAAGUGAAUAUUUUGGGUUACUUGAAAAUUAUAGUAAUUAUUCCUAUAAAGACCUAGCAUCCACAUACGUGGUGUACAUCAGUGGUGUAGGCCAUUACAAAAAAAAUUUUUAAUCAUUUUUUAUGAAUGAAUAAAACUAUAAAUGACCAAAAUGAAAACAAAUAUACUCCGGUUGUGGCUUGCAUGAUUUUUUUGGGGGGGAUAGUACGUGUUCCCUUCUAUUGAACGCCCUAUCCAUUUUGACUGGGAGAGCUAGAGAAAAACCUCAAAGGUCCCACUCAUUUCGAUCGCUGCCUGCUUCUCCCAAUCAAAACUGAUUGGACGUCUAGCGCUAUCAAUGAGUUAGUUGCCCUAGAAAGGAUUGUUUUUCGUAUCGGUGUGGCCUGAAAAAUAGUAAUAUAAGUUAUUAAGAAUUGUACUUUUUGAAAUGUGUGAUGUUUGUUGAAAUGCUACCUCUCUAAGUACAAAAAUAAACAUUUCCAGUCACAUUGCUAGUUUAAAAUUUUUUUAUUUUUGCAUUGCUGGUAAGAUUUGUGGUCGCCAGCUAAAAAGAACAAGAAGCAACGUAAGCUAAGCAGCCGCGUCCCCUUUAGUUGACCUCAUCUUAUGUCACCCAUUUUGUUUUUCCCCUUCCUGCCAUAAUAGUAAACUUAUGACACGAGAAAGAAGGGGUGAGGGGUCAGCUAACAGUUACAAGUCUGUCAUUAGAAAUGGAAGAAAAAAGCAAAACCUAUCUUGAUUGUGCAAAGCACAUUUUAACUAUAAAAAGAUAUAUUUAUAUGUAUAUACAGCAAAACUGUAAACAUUUUUGAAGUGUUAGUUUUCUUCUGGUGUCAUUUCAUAAAUACAGGCAACAUUGGCAUCUGCAAACAUCACAAAAAAAACAUUCGGGGCUUUUGCCAUAAGAACUUAAAAAUAGCAUAUUUGGUAAAAUGGGCGACUAGUGUGCUUCUUUUCACGUAAUUCAGGAAGUGGAAACAAGCCAUGAAGUAGGAUUAGUAAUACUGAUGAGAAGAAAAAAGUCGCAGUAUCCAAUUUGGCUGGCAAAAUGGCACAUUUCAUAUACGGAAAAUAAAUCUUUAAAAAAAAAAAAAAAAAAAAAAAAAGUGUAUUUGCGUGUUAACUGUGCUGAGCCUGCUCAAAGCCUCUUUAAAAAUGUUACGAAAAAAGUGAAACGUUUCAUGUACACGUCAGCUGUACAUUUGGCAGUUACAGCUCACUUUACGCACAAGGUUUGCUUUUAAGCUGUCCCCAGCUCUUGCCCCAAAGGAAGAGAAAUGACCGCUUACUUGUAGGAAUAAGUCGUUAGGAGGGGAAAUGGCAAAAUGAGUUCACCCGCUUAGAAAAUAGGUAGAGUUCGGAAAUUUCAAUCAUAGAUGCAUUUCCACUUAUGGAGACAUAAAAUAAAUCCACAACUCACAUUCUAUGAUUUUUCAAUAAUUUUUUAAUUUACUGGGGUUCAUAAGUAUUUGUACCCCUGAGAAAAAUUGUCCUAAUAUUUAGUCAUAAUUAGCCUUUGUAUUGUUUUAUUUAGUAAUAUUUAGCCUUUGUUUGCUAUUACAGAGGUCGGAUGCUUAUUGUAGUUCUUCACCAGGUUUUCACAUAUGGAAACAGGGAUUUUGGCCCAUUCCUCCACACACAUCUUCUCUAGAUCUGUCAGGUUUCGCGGCUGUCGUUGAGAAACACGGAAAAAAAAAAAUAUUGGAUUAAUGUCUGGAGACUUCCUAAGCCACUCCAGAGCCUUGAAAUGCUUUUUACGCAGCCACUCCUUGGUCAGCUUCGUUGUGUGCUUCGGAUCAUUGUCAUGUUGGAAGAUCCAGCCACGACUAUUCUUCAGGUCUCCGGUUGAGAAAAGGAGGUUGUGGCUCAAAAUCUGAGGAUAAAUUCCACCAUUCAUCCAAUGCUUUAUAAAGUAUAGUCGUCCUGUCCCCUUUUGCCAAAAAGCAUCCCUAAAGCAUGAGGUUUCCAACCCCAGAUUUCACAGCGGGGAUGGUGUUCUUGGGAUUGUACGCAACCUUCUUUUUCCUCCACACACAAUGAGUACAAGUUUGCACCAAAAACUUCUACUUUGGUCUCAUCUGACCAAAUGAAUUUCUCCCAUGAUCCCUCUGCAUCAUUCAGAUGGUCCCUGGCAAACUUCAGACUGGCCUUCACAUAUACGAGCUUCAACAGGGGAACCUUCUGCGGAAUGCAUGAUUUUAAACCAUUUCAUCACGGUGUCUUACUGACAGUAACCUUUGAAACUGUGCAUCCAGCUCUCUUCGGGACAUUGACCAGCUCGUGUCGUGUAGUUCCAGGCUGAGCCCUCACUUUUCUCAUAAUUCGUGAUGCCCUACUAGAAAUAUUUUACAUGGAGCCCCAGUCUGAGGUAGAUUAUCAGUUAUGUUUAACCUUGUCCAUUUUCUAACAAUUGCUACAACUGUUGAUUUAUCCUAACCAAGCUGCUUUCCAAUUGUCCCAUAGCCUUUUCCAGCUUUGUGGAGCGCAAAAAUUUUUUCCCGUUUUUUUUUUUUUUUCUUCAAAAGCUCUCUGGUCUUUCCCAUGGAAGCAGUUGGAUUAUGACUGACAGUGGGGUGCACUGGUGAAAAUAUUGAGCUCAAACUGGUGGUGGGUUACUCAAUGGGGAAAAGGACUUUUUUUAAGGUAGACUGACAACUUUUUGUCAUUAUUUGUCAGGGGUGCAAAUACUUAUGAACCCCAAUUACAAAUAAUUUUUAAAAAAAAUACAGUGUGAUUUGUUUUUUUUUGGUUUUUUUUAGAUUAUGUCUCUGAGUGGAAAUGCAUCUAUGAUUGACAUUUCAGACCUCUACCUAUUUUCUAAGAGGGUAAACUUCACUAUUUCAGCUCAUUAUUGUAUGUAGGAGUACCAGGGCCACGUUAAUUAAAACGGGUCCAAGAAAACAAUGUUAUAUACCAAAAGUCAAACGUUCGUUUAAUUCUGGCUUCCCUUGACGGUAAUAGACAAAGCAGUUGCUUUAAAAGUUAACUGUUUUACAUUGACCAUAUAGUAAUUUAGCAUAGGAAACAGAUUAACAACCGAAGGGAGGACUGAAAAUAAAGUCAUAAUAUCAUGUAACGUUACAUAAUGUUAUGAGGAAAAAGUUGUAAUAUAAAGAGAUUCAAGUCGUUAUAUUAAGUAUAUGUAGUAUGUAUGGAUGCGGUGAGGCUAAUUUAAAUUAGUUACCAUGUACUUUACAUAGUGCUUCGCCACCUCUGAUAAAAUGAACAGUAUUGAGAGCAUCUUGUGAGGCUGUAGGAUUCUUCACAAAUAAGAUCCUUAAUCUUUUGGCAUAUCUACGUCAAAUUAUAAUCAAUAAGUAUUUAAACUGAUACUUCCAACUUAUUUGUUCAUUUGAACGGAGGUGUUCAGAGUACUUAGCAGCUAAGUUUGCUCAACUUAGCCGUACGGCAUUCAUACAAAAUUAACCAAUGUAAGACUUUACUAUCGUAAUGUUACGAAUUAAUUCUCAUAUAUUUUUUUUCUUUCUUUUUAUGACCCUAAUACUCUUAUCUUGUGAUUGCUGUGAGUGUGGAAAUGAGACUGGGAUUGAUUGCUUCUCCCUGGAUGCUGCAGCUCAAAUUUUUGGGCAGUGAUGUUUUUGCAACAGAAUUUUAACAACUGAUUUUUUGCGGCUAUUUUGCUUUUAUUACUCUGGAUUUUGAUGCUGAAAAAAUGCAUUACAAAUUCAAAUUCCAGUGGCACGGAUUUACUUUCAUAGAUUUAAUUGUCUUAAAAGUUGGAAUUUGAAUCUUUUUUUUCGCCUUUCUGGUGGUCUUGCUAUAUAUUUUUCCUGCCAGCGUGGCCCUGGUAGUCCUUGGGGAAAUAUGUGGGUGAAAAAAAUCGUGAAGAUCAAGCCAGUGUGUUGUGUUGCAGGCUCAGUAUUGAUGCAGGAAGGAGGACCUGUGCUCGUGUUUUAGGGGGAACGACUUGAAGGCCUUCAUGCCUUUCAGCUGUUGCUGUUGACUGAAAGGGAACGGUGAGGAAACUGCGGCUGACGAAGGGGAGCAAUCCCCGCCCCCUCCGCUGGCGGCAGCCCACACUGGCGAGCGCAGCAUCUGCAUGGAGUCGCUCCACUGAGACGACGAUGGUGGCGCUAGGUUUAUCUGGUGGUACAAGGAAGAUGUUGGAUCUGUCACGCAGCCGUGGGCCGAGUGCUGCCACGGCGCUUUGGGAGGCCAUGUUUUCGUUUUGCUGUCCUGAGAAGACGCAUAUAAAAUAGUCAGGUUUUUACUCACGCAAAGAAUGAAAAAAAAAUACAGGACUUGUUCCAAAAGUCCUAAAAUAAAUAUAAUUUGGUUGUGGGUUUUAUAUACCUGGUUGUCAUCAGCCACAUGAUGGAGAGCCGGUGAGGGCAAAGUGCACGCUUCUGGCUCACCACAGCUGUGUUUCCUGCGCACACUUUUCUGUAUUAACUCCACACAUUAUAACUAUGUAUCAAACAUCUAUUAAACUAUCAAAUGGACCAACAAAGUUGACUUAAAAUGAACCAUUGUGUUUCUUAAUGUUAAAUGAAUUAAUUGAGAAAUUAACACAUUUUUAAACAAAAGUCACAUAAAAGAUGACGUAACCCUUAAAGGCCUGCAACAUGAGGCAAAUGUCAGAGAAUUCUAAUAUUUGAAAAAUAAGGUCUUAGUGGAUUUUCAAUUUGUGUUUAAAAAAAAAAAAAAAAAAAUGUGUGUGAUAAGUGCUCUAGCCUCUAACCCUAGCUAAAUCUUGUUUUUUCCCUCAUGGAACCUGCAGAUACAUGUGUUGACUUGCGUCCAUCAAUUUGUUUUAGAAAAAUUAAAAAAUUCUGAAUUCGUCUCAAAAUCAUGAAAUUCUAAGUAUCAAAUGUGAUACAUUUGGCAAUGAAGGAUUAAAAUGAAUCAAUAAACCAAACAUUUCAUCAAUUAAUACACUUUAACUAGUGUUGCACCGAAACAAGCAUCAGUAUCAAUACGUUAUUAAAAGUCAUGGGUAUCGGGGAAGUAACUCAGAAAUAACGGGCUGAUUAGUCAGUUUAUCACUAGUAGAUGUUCAAUCAGUUUGAACUGGGAGGGAUGGCAGCAAAUGAACAAACGUUUGUUCGCUGCCUCCAUCACAGUUCUAAUGGAUUGGAUGUCUAGUGCCGUCAAUGGCUUGUGAGUUUAGCAGUGUCUGACCAAGCCAUGAUCACAAUUACUUUACAGUUUAGUAUGCAGUAAUUUAGUAUUAAAACUUAAGGAAACAGAAAUUAUAUAUUUUUUCAAAACAGUGAUUCCGAUACCACACAGCCAAUUGUUGGAAUCAAGAGCCAAAAAAAAAAAGUAUCAGUGUCACAGUAAUUUCAAUGACAUAUUUUAGGAAAAGUACCAAAUUACUGCAAUUAAUAUGACAGAAUUCUAAACAUUGUAAAUGCUCGAUGGGCCAUAUUUUUGAACAGAGUGGGCAAAAUGUGGCCCAAAUGCCACAAUUUUCCCACCAGUGUUUUUACAAGCUAGGUUAGAUGGUCUACAAAACGAAGUCGUUUCUUGGUUCAGUCACAAAAGCAGAACCUACCUUCUUUGCUUGACGGCCGCCACCAGAUCGGGUCCAGAGAACAUGGAGAAGAGGCUGUCUCCAUUAGCAGAGGAGGUCUCAUCGCUAGAGCUGGCGGAGUCUCCCUGAUUGGCCGACCAGCUGGUACUGACCGCCUCACUAUGAAUACAAACAGUACAACAAUAAAACAUUAAAACUGGCUGUGCUGAAACCAAGAGGUAGACAGGUGGGAGAACCGCAAGAGGUGCCACAUACCCCUCGCUGUAGAACUCUGGGUGCAUCCACGUCCGGUGCUGUUCAUCAGGCAUGGGCCAGUUGCUACGAGGGUUGCUGGGGCGGCGUGGGUGUUGCACCUGGCGCUUCUGCUGCAUGGCCUGGCUCACGCCGGCCACGUAACGCGCAAAUUCUGGGUCAGAGCCCACUGUCAAAACGAGAAUGCGAGGACUGACUUUCUGAUGCUGGGUUAAAAAAAUAAUAGAAUAAUAUAAGACAUUUUAAAGAAAAUCUGCAUCAUGUGAAUAACUACCCUGAUUAUGUGUGCACCUUGGCCACUGGAUGGCAGUGUGGCUUCGCAGAAGCAAACACUAGUACAUAAUACGUGAGCUGAAGAUUGUAGAAGCAUAUUACAAUUUUGCGUAUUUAUCGUAUUUAUUGUCUAUGAAUAUUCCAAAGUCUGUUUUGUCCGUCACUUUGAGAGUUUUAAUUACUCGAGUCAAUGCUAAUUUUCGUCAGCAUGGUAGCUAACAGGCUUUCGAAAAGCGUUUUAUGUAUUUGAAUGAAGAGUGUUUUAUUUUCUUUACUUGUGGUUAGUUUUACAGUUGAGCUUAACUGGAUUGAAAUAAACUGCUUGAAAACCAUCAACAUUGACUCUUUGAUGUAGUGUAAGCAAUCUGCUAGUCUUUUUGCAUGUACUCCAUAUAUGGAAUAGAUGAGCCGUUACAUAUUUGAUCGAUUAAAUGUCACAGCUCAUCAUUGAGAUCGACGCCCCAAAAAUUAAAUCUUAAUAUCGCCCAG